AUGAGAUCUGCUAGAUUGACAGAGGUUCCUGCAAGGGCUGAUUCUCUCAAGGGGUGGACAGACCUGCGACUGGCCGCUCAAGUCAACUACCGCCAUGCCUCCUCCUCCCACCAGGUGUGUUUUACAGCACCGGUGCCUGGCCCCUACCUGCUCUCGCUGCAUCUGCUCUUCAUCAAUGCCUUCCAGCUGCGCACCAACCGCUCCCCCGCCUUCAACCACGGCUAUGCCGGGUACGAGCUGGUGUUUGCUCGAGUGAUCCGGGUGGUGGCCCCUCCAACGUACUUCCCCCUAGCACUCCGCGCCCUGCUGCCAUGGUGCACGGCGGACAUGCUGCGCACGCACGGCAACCAGGGGUACUGGCUGCAGCACAAGUGGAUGCCCCAUGCCUGCCGCCUGCGCACUGUCACCCCCGUCGAUGCCCUCUCCUGCUUCCACCGCCAUAAAAACGUCCUCAUCAUGGGCGACUCCGAGAUGCGCUUCUUCUUUGGCUUUCUCACCCACUUCCUGGUCAACCGCACGCGCGGGACGUAUCUGCGCUCCAUGGGGGGCGACCUGCAGGCACGUCACUGCAUGGAUUCCUGCCCCUCGCUCUUGCACUGCUCCCUGCUGAUCGCGCCUACGCUACGCUACAUCCUGCAUCCUUCCACCCUUCACCACGCUCCAUCCCUUGGCACUGCACCACACCACACCCAUGUACGCCCAUCACCCCGGCAGGCCUUUCACGGGUUGCAAAGCCUCCCCAAGACCACCAAUUACACGGACGGCAGCGGGGAGCUCCUGCGCACGCCAGUGCCCUUCCCCCCACCCCGCUUCACCUUCUACGGAGGGCUCCACAAUGGCUUCACGCGCCAACAGUUCAAUGUGAGCAUGCGUGGGCGUACUUACCUCUUUAAUCUGACGUACGCGUCUCACAUGGGGGCGAAGCACGAGGUGCUGCCGGGGUGGAUGUACAACACGAGCCUCACGGGGGGCGAGGUGGUGAGCCGCCCAGACACACCCUUCCGCCUCGCCGCCUACGGCUCUUCGCUGCAUGACCUCAUCACAUUGGAUACUGCGCAGGACUAUGCACGCGUCGCUCGCUCGCAUCUACUGCCCAGCCUGCGACGGCUCUUGCAGGACCCGCGGCGGGUGACCGCGUUUGGGCCGUGGGCGGCCCGGGAGGACAGCAAGCCGCGCUGGAUGCUCUUCAAGAGCGACAACGUGCGCGGCCUGGCCUUCGAGCAGGAAGCUGCCAGGGUGCUGCCAAGGGAAGGGUUUGGUAACUUCAUCCCGUUGACAAUGCUCACUCUUCCUCGCCCGGAUUUGACCAUAGACAGCACACACUACUCCUGGGUUGUUACACUUGCUAUGCUGGACCUAUGGUUAACUACUGUAUGUUAA